AUGGAAUUCCACGAUGAUGCCAAACUCUGCCAACUCUACCCGCCAUCGCUGGCUGCACUAAACAAGGCCUUCAGAAAAACUGCCGAGUGUCCAUCUGAUUUCAUGUAUGAUCACCAAACCGGCAAGUGCUACAAGCUGAUAGCCAAGAAGGCAACGUGGUUGGACUCAAGGUUGGCAUGCAACGCUCUGGGUUCGCACCCCGUUAUUGCUGCGUCUUCAUCUGAUACAAAAACUCUUAUCAACUUUAUGGAGUUGCCUAGCCUAGCCACAAACAUGACCUACUGCGGAUACACCUUCUGGUCGUCGGGAAUGGGAUUUUCCCCACCGACCAACCUAACCUACGUUUGGCGUCCGUAUGCGACGAAAUCCAAGGACGUCUACCUGCCGAUGAAGUAUACGAAUUGGGAUUUGACCCAGCCGGAUAAUGCCGGCGGAAUCGAAGGAUUCGUGCACAUAAAAGCCAGAAAGAGUGCUAACUGGAAUGACCUGCCAAACAGUAACCUACUGUGCGUUCUAUGCGAGGUAGAUAUGGAUUGA